GUUCGUCAGGUGACUGUACUCAUGCCCGGAUUCUAUCCAUAAACGGUAUCGCAGGCAUGGGCGUUUGCGAGGCUGAGGAAGGAGUGCAAAAAGCAUGGAAAGCACGGGGCCUUUUGCAAAGCUCCGCUCGAAUCGCUGACUUUGAGGAUGCCACAGUCGACAGCAGCAAAGAGUGGGCUAGGCAAUUAGUCCAAAGCGCCCAUUCAUCGCAUCAGCUUGAAGACUUUGAGGCUGGUCAAGUCACUCGAGGCUUCGCGGGUCUCAGUUUAGAGAACAGUACCGCUGCCGCAGUGGAGGGAGUCAGCGCGAACAAGUCUGGAGACUUGGUGGUUUUUCUGAGUUCCCUAAGCACCAACGUCUUCACCGUUCUCUUGGCCUUUUUCAUCUUGUCCGUUUUACGUCAAGUGUUGCCUCGGUCCUUCAGCCGCACAAGCUCCAGAGACCGGGACACAAACAAGGGAUCUGUGGACGGAGGGAACGGCAGCCCACUGCCCCAGGCCACCCGGCAGGGACAAGGCUUUUUCAGCUGGAUAGGCCAUAGCUGGACCAUCUCAAAGGACGAAGUUGAAGAGAAAGCUGGUCUGGAUCAUGCAAUGCAUUUAGAGUUUCUUGAGCUAGCCAUGAGGCUUUGCGUUUUGGUUGGCAUGCCUUGUGUCUUGAUCCUUUGCCCGCUUCAUGCUUUUUGUGGUGGGGGAGCAGCAGGGCAGGAUCGCCUUUCAACCAUUGGAAUGGGAAAUGUUCAGCAUGGCUCUUGGGUUUGUUGGGUUCAUGCCUUUAUGGUUUGGUAUGUGGCUCUGGUGGUGCAUGCCCAAGUCCAUCGUUCUCAGAAGAAUUUCUUGCCUUUGCGCAUGCGAUGGUUAAAGGAGAUGCCAGAGCCAGCCGUGACCAGCGUCCUCUUGCAGAAUAUCCCAGAGCACUUAAAGACCACCAAAGAACUUCAAACCUUCUUCGAUGAUGGCAUCUUCGGAUACAGUGCCGUAAAGCAAGUGUACUUUGCCAAGGACACCCGCGAGUUGCUGCAAUGGAAGCGUACAGCAGAAGAAAGUCUCCGUGGGAAGGUCUCCUUCCGCACAGGCACGGGAAAGGUUCUGAAGGAUGCUGAGUUGCAUGCGGUGGCUGAAAGCAUGGCAGAAAAGUUGAGGGCAGAAACUCUUCGGUCUGAUGACUUAAAUCACAGUUGUGCCUUCGUCACGUUUCAGCGCCGGCGGGAAGCUGCUUUGGCAUACCGGUUGCUCUCAGCAGAUGACAACGAUGGCAUUCGUGCGGACUUACCACCUGAUCCCGCGGAGGUCUUGUGGCCAGACCUGUGUGUGAGUCCCGAGCGGCAAGCGGUACUAGAGUUAUUGGGGUAUUUUGUGAUCUUCUUGGUUUUUUGGGGCUUCAUGCCGCUUGUCGUUCUUAUACAGUCCAUUGCCAACUUGAGCACCUUGGAGAAUCAGAUCCCCUUCUUCAAGUACCUGAUCGAACAGCUCCCAGUGAUCGCAACCUUGUGGAACGGCCUCAUGGCAUCCUUUGCUCUCACGGUUGCUUUGAGUUUCCUUCCCAGCUUGCUCAUAUUGAUCUUCAGCAACUUCUUCACGUCAAAGGCGGAGGUCAACCGACAACACCGGCUACAGAUAUGGUACAACUAUUUCCUGGUCGUUUAUGUCCUCUUGGUCACUGCUGUUGGCUCCUCGAUUUUCACCACCGGCAAGCAUUUGCUGGAACGUCCCUUUGAUGCCCCAAGCCUUUUGGCUUCAAACAUGCCCAAAAGCACCCACUUCUACCUGAACUUCAUCCCAAUGCAAAUGGCUUCCUAUGCCACGGCAGGCUUACGAAUGGCUCAAACUGGCAAAUACUUAGCCUUCCGGAGCUGCUAUGAUGAGCAAAUGGCCAAGCAGAAGUCGGAGCCCGAAGAUCCAGACUUCCUUGGGAUGGGUUCCAGAUCGGCCCGUGCUGCACUGCAACUCUCCACAGUUUUGACCUUUUGCACGCUCUCGCCAUUGAUCUCCAUCCUGGGCUUUUGGAUGUUUGCUGUUUGCCGAACAAUGCACGGCUUUCUAUUUGUUUGGGUGGAGGAGAAGAAAUCCGAUCUCGGUGGCGUGUUUUGGGUAACCAGCUUGGAGCAGGUGCAACAAGGCCUGUUUCUUUUCGUGCUCCUGAUGACUGGUGUUUUAGCUGAGCGGGCCAGCAACUUCGUUCCAAGUUUCAUCGCUGCCAGCAGCUGCGUCUUUGUCUACUGGUCCUAUGUGAGCUUCAAGCGCCGGCACCGGUGGCAACACCUCGAGGUUGAGGAGAUCCUGCAGGAGGAGGAGAUGCCCAAGGCCCGAGUCUCCACCGAUGACCAAUACAUGCAACCAGAGUUGCCAGGGAAGAAAGCUCCAUCUCAGACCUUGAUGGACACCGUGAACAGCAUGAGAAGCAAAUUCAGGGCCUGUUGAAGAACCGCCUGUACAGUGCUGCAGAGCUCUUGAUUUCCCUUCCAUGAGCUAGAC